GCGGGGAGAGCGGUGAGAGAUGAGCUGGAUGUGGAAUGGGUGGUUGAGAUAGUUGAGAAGGAGAGGGAGGAAGAGGAAAUGGACGUCGCUGCUAGGAGAGUGGAUGAGAGGGAGGAGGUAGAUAUUGCUUUGAUCGACGCCACGGAGGUCGAGGUGGAGACUCGAAUACUGGAGACUUGUGAACUGGUGAAGACACCAGCUGCCGAUUGUGAGGAUUCAGUAGUAUGGACCUGGGUUUCCGUCGUAGGGGCAGAGGUAACACUAGAAGUAACCCCUGUAGACGAUGUUGCUGAUGGCAAGAUCGUGUUGAGAUGUAAAAGAAUAUCAGAUGUCCCGCUGGUCUCCGCUGUAGAGACAGCUGAGGGCAGCAAGAUGGAAUUCGUAGCAGAUGUAACUCCAGCAUCUGGCUUCGCUCCGUCGUCUGCGCUUCGUAGAUCCCGUAAAUUUAUAUCCGAACCUGAUCCAGCCCUCUCAACCAUCUCUGCACUGGCAGAGGCCAAAACAUCCCUCCGGAAACGCAUCUUGAUUAAAAGUAGUAAAGUAAUUAUAAAGAGAUGAGCCAGCUCAAUCGAAGAACGAAGAAAACAUUAAGCAAGAGACAGGAGACCGAACAGAAUGAAGAGCAAACCCACGCAAGAGGACGAACCUACCGUCCAUAAGAAUCAUGGCCGAAGG